AUGGAGGAAGGUCUUAGAUUAAUAGAGAGAGAGUCGUCAAUCGAGAAUGAACCUCGUACGCUCAACAUUCAUCAGAUCCACCUAGCCAGGGAAUUGGCACGUCAUGUGAUGAACACUAAAACCAUUCAGGAGGCUUCUGCCAUUUUCACUCAGGUGUCGGAGCCGGUGGUUAGAAGAGCAGCAAAAUCAAGGUUUGAGAGCGUUAGGGCAGCCAUAAACGCCGAAGAAGACGAUGAUGAAUACAAUGAAAGCUGCAUUUUUUAUAAUAUAAUACGGAUAAGAGACAUUGUUUCUGCCCCCUUUUGA